AUGGCAUCAAAUGACUCAACAGAAGUCCCCCACCGUAAUAAGAGCUCUAUAUCCAUGCUUCUUAAUGAGUCCAGUGAUACUCCUCCACCCUCGUAUUUGGAAGCCUUUGAGAAUAGGGUGGCAAGCCUUGUGGCCUUAGACGGACUGGCAACACAGGAUUCAAACAUGCUCAAAUAUCUUUACAAUGAGUUGGCACUGGUCAGAGAACAAGAUCUCAAGUCAGAGGCCACAUUGAUUUCCAAGAUUAAGGAUAACUUGUUAGAAUUUGAUCCUAAUAUCGCCGAAAAGCUUAUAAAAAGGGCAACCGGCGCAAACCACGACCAAGUUGAUGAAGAAAUAGAACCCAUCGAUGACGGAACUACUACGGAAAUAACGAAUGCCAAAUCAAAGAGAGGAGCUGCACAUUCGAAGGCUGAUACUGAAGCUCCUGCCAAACCCAAAUCAAGGAGGCGUAAGAAUAUCUCUGCAUCAGCGGAUAGUGAGGACAAGCCGAAAGGAAAAGGUGCACAGAAACAGGAUAACUCAAAAAAUGGCAAAUCUCAUAAUGGAGACGAAGAGUUAACAAAUCAAGGCUGGGAUGAAGAUGAAAUACCUGACGAAAACUCUCAUCCCCCAAGAAAGCGAAGAACUGCUGCUUCCACAAAUGCCGAGGAGGGAAGACCCAAAAGAAGACGUAAGGCUGCAAUUAUGGCCUCUUCAAAAGCCCGAGAACUGCAAGAAGACCCUGCUGCUUUCGAAGAGGAAGACUCACCAAAGCGCUCUAAUGUUUCAGUGAAAGAACAGAAAUCUAUUGACAAACAAUAUGACAACACAUACAUGUCUAUUUGGAGAGACCUUUCCAGAAAAGAUGGACCUAGAAACUACCGUUUGUUUCAAACUUAUACUCAGACUAAAGCAAUUAAUCUGAAAAAGACGGCUUUGCUGGCUGCAAGGGAGGCUAGAAGAUGGCAAAUUCGUACCAACAAGUCUCAAAAGGAUUUGCAAACGAAAGCUAGAAGAUCGAUGCGUGAAAUGCUUAACUUUUGGAAAAAGAAUGAACGUGAAGAGCGUGAACUUAGAAAGAAAGCAGAGAAAGAAGCUCUGGAUUCGGCUAGAAAAGAGGAAGAGGACAGAGAAGCGAAGCGACAAUCAAGGAAGCUUAACUUUCUUCUUACACAGACAGAAUUAUAUUCCCAUUUCAUUGGUAACAAAAUCAAAACAGAUGAGCUUGAAGGAAAUAUGGGUGACAAAGCAUUAACGCCCUCCAACGGUACGGAUAGAUCACAUUUGGAAGGCAUUGAUCUCUCACAUGCAAAGGCAGACUUUAACAACAUUGACUUUGACCAAUUGAAUGAUGAAAACUUGGAACAGACUGCUGCUGCCAAUGCACAAUCUGCCUUGCAGGAAACUCAGAGAAAGGCUCAAGCAUUCAAUAACGUUGAUCCUGAUGAAGAAAUGAAUUUCCAAAAUCCAACUUCUCUGGGGGAAAUAACUAUCACACAACCAAAGCUCUUAAAUUGUACCCUAAAAGAAUAUCAAGUGAAAGGUUUGAACUGGUUGGCCAAUUUGUAUGACCAAGGUAUCAACGGUAUUUUGGCGGAUGAGAUGGGUUUAGGAAAGACUGUUCAAAGUAUAUCCGUUCUUGCCUAUCUUGCAGAGACUCAUAAUAUUUGGGGUCCGUUUUUAGUGGUCACACCCUCAUCUACGUUACACAACUGGCAACAAGAAAUAUCCAAGUUCCUUCCAGACUUCAAAGUAUUACCAUACUGGGGUAGUGCCAAAGAUAGGAAAGUUUUGAGAAAGUUUUGGGAUAGGAAGAAUAUUAUAUACAACAAGAACUCUCCUUUUCAUGUAUUGGUGACUUCGUAUCAAUUAGUGGUUCAGGAUGCUCAAUAUUUUCAGAAAGUGAAAUGGCAGUACAUGAUCUUGGAUGAAGCACAGGCCAUCAAAUCAUCUCAAUCUUCAAGAUGGAAAGUUUUAUUAAGUUUUCAAUGCCGUAACAGAUUGCUGUUGACGGGUACCCCUAUUCAAAAUUCUAUGCAAGAGUUGUGGGCUCUUUUGCAUUUCAUCAUGCCUUCACUGUUUGACUCCCACGAUGAGUUCAGUGAAUGGUUCUCCAAAGACAUCGAGUCGCAUGCUCAAUCGAAUACUCAGCUAAACGAGCAGCAGCUGAAGAGACUACAUAUGAUUUUGAAACCUUUCAUGUUGCGUCGUAUAAAAAAGAAUGUUCAAAGUGAAUUAGGUGAUAAAAUUGAAAUUGAUGUUUAUUGCAAAUUAACAAACAGGCAAAAGAAGUUGUACCGCACACUUAAGUCUCAGAUCUCGUUGAUUGAUUUGAUGGAUAACAAGUUCUUUGCUAAUAACAAUAGCACAGAAUCAGAUUCUUUAAUGAACUUAGUUAUGCAAUUUAGGAAAGUUUGCAACCACCCUGACCUGUUUGAAAGAGCUGAUACGAAGUCUGCAUUUCAUUUUGGAACGUUUUCCGACACCGCUUCUUUCAGUAGGGAGAAUUUACUGCCUGUUUUGGAUGUUUUCUACUCAUCUGCAAAUGUGAUAAACUAUAGACUUCCAACUUUGUUGUAUGACGAGAUUUUGUCCCCAAAUUUUGAAGAUAAUGCCCAGUUCUUGAAACAGCAUUUACUCUACAAUGGCAAGCUUAAUAUUUGGAAUGCGAAGCAUUUGCAUAGAGAUGAAUUCAAGGACCACGGAUGGCUAUCAUUACUAGAACUGACGCCAGAUCAAGUAGUAAGGAAGGCCAAGCAAACAUUGUGGCAAAAUUUGUUGGAUGAGUCUGAUAGGUUUGAAGCUGAACAAGAAUUAAGACCUCUUUACAGCAUUCAAAGAGCUGUUCACCAAGAUAUGUAUAUCAAUACGUUAGACCCAGCUGCGUUUCCGCUUGCAUCUGCCCCGCCUAUAGAAGUUAGCUGCUCUAGACAAUCCUUCAAUUUCAAGCGAACUGACAGCCUAUUCAACGCCAAGUUUAUGAAAAGUUUAUUCCCAUUGUCGUUGAACGAAGAAUAUGAUCUGCUCGUAAAGAAAGUUGAACCUAAGAACUAUCCACCAAGCAAUUUGUAUCCAAAACCAGUUAACAAUUUGAUUGGCUAUUCUUCUAUUAGACUCCCAUCAAUGGAAAGAUUUGUCAUCGAAAGUGGUAAAUUAGCUAAAUUGGAUAAGAUGCUAGUCAGACUGAAAAAGGAGGGCCAUAAAGUAUUGGUUUAUUUCCAAAUGACAAAAAUGAUGGACCUUAUGGAAGAGUUUUUGACCUAUCGUCAAUACAAAUAUAUUCGUCUUGAUGGUUCAUCUAAGCUGAGUGACAGAAGAGAUUUGGUCCAUGAUUGGCAAACUAAGCCAGAAUUGUUUGUAUUCCUUUUAUCUACCAGAGCUGGUGGGUUAGGAAUCAACUUGACAGCAGCCGACACAGUCAUCUUUUAUGAUUCUGAUUGGAAUCCUACAAUUGAUUCUCAAGCUAUGGAUAGAGCACAUAGACUUGGUCAGACACGACAAGUUACAGUUUAUAGAUUAUUAGUUCGGGGAACCAUUGAAGAAAAAAUGAGAAACCGUGCGAAACAGAAGGAGCAUGUGCAACAGGUUGUGAUGGAAGGAAAGUCUGGCAACAAUCCUGCCUUUGAUGAUAAGAAAGAUAAGCGAGAAGUGGCCAUGAUGCUGAUGGGAAGCGAUGAUGAAUUGAAUACCAGUGCCGAUGAAGUAGUUGUCAGUUCUACAGUUGCAUAA